GCAGUAUAUAAAUUGGAUUAAUUUCAACAGAUUCUAGGGUUUGCUCCGUAGGGGUGGUGGUGAGACUGCAUCUGACUCAUUAGCUCUCUCUCAUUUCCGUCGACAGCAACCAUGGUGGCCGCCAAGAAGACAAAGAAGAGUCAUGAGAGUAUCAACAACAGGUUGGCCUUGGUUAUGAAGAGUGGCAAAUUCACUUUGGGAUACAAAACUGUUCUCAAAUCUCUCAGGAACUCUAAAGGGAAGCUGAUUAUCAUCGCCAACAAUUGUCCUCCACUUAGAAAGUCUGAGAUCGAGUACUAUGCUAUGUUGGCAAAGGUUGGAGUUCACCACUACAAUGGAAACAAUGUAGACUUGGGUACUGCCUGCGGAAAAUAUUAUAGAGUGUGUUGCCUCAGCAUUAUUGAAGCAGGUGAUUCUGAUAUCAUUAAGAGCAUGCCUGGUGAUCAUUGAUUAGGCCAAGAGGAAUACUGUGCUUUUGUAGCUUUUGGUCCUUUUUGUUUUAAUUCUAGUUAUGAAUAUGGCUUUCAUUGAUUCGUGUUAAACAAGAACAGUUUUGUGUGCAACUUUUUGAGUUUCUUUGGUAGCCAUCUAGUGAUAUUUAAUUGUUAUGAAAGCAUGUUCCUAAAUGUAUUGAGAUGUUUAAUCAAAAUUUCAUUUGAUAAAUUUUUGCUAA